CAACUUCCAGCCGGUCAGUGCAUGCAUUUUAUUUUUCUGCUCCUGCUGCAAUAACUCGUUUUCUUGCAAAUUAUUUAGCACUCGACGUUUUUUUAAUAGCCAAACGUUUGCUAAUUUUUGGCAAAUAGUCGGCCAGAGUUAUUGAAGAAGGAUGGGUGUUCAGGAUGGAGAAAAUGCGGCUGGAGCUGCCGAUGUUGAAGGCAAACACUCAAAGAGUGCCCUGAAGAAAGCAGCGAAAGAGUUGGAGAAAGCAGCAAAAAAGCAGGCGUACAAGGCAGAGAAAGGAGGGCCCGAGCCAUCCGAGGGGGCUGCUGGCGGUAGGGUUGAUGAACCAGACAUUUCCGAAUUCCGAUACGGAGAGCUUCCCCUGAACCAGUCGCAGAUCAAGGAGACACGAACAGUGACUCGUGUGGAAGCAGUCAACAAGUCUUUGGCUAAUAAGACGGUCUUGAUAAGAGCAAGAUUACACACCAGCCGGGCCAAGGGGAAACAAUGCUUCGUCGUGUUGCGUCAGGGAAGGAGUACGAUUCAAAUGUUGGUCGCCGUUGGACCUGGUAUCAGCAAACAAAUGUUGAAAUUCGUUACAAACGUACCCAAGGAAUCCAUUGUUGAUGUGGUAGGGGUCGUUCAGCCAGUCCCUAAGCCAAUCGAGUCUUGCACCCAGUCGGAGGUGGAACUCAGUUGUCAUGAAUUUUGGGUGGUGAGCUUGUCCGCUCCCAAACUUCCGUUACAAAUUGAUGAUGCGACUCGACGUGUUACUGAUGAUGCGGACGAGGACAACUUGAAUAUCAGAGUGAAUCAGGACACGCGACUUGAUAACCGAGUUUUGGACUUGAGGACACCUACAAAUCAGGCAAUUUAUCGGAUAGAAAUGGGAGUUUGCAAGCUAUUUAGGGCAGCUUUAGAGAAAAAGAGCUUUGUUGAAAUCCAUACUCCAAAAAUUAUACCUGCCGCAAGUGAGGGUGGUGCAAACGUGUUCACGGUGUCUUAUUUCAAGGGCUCUGCGUUUCUUGCUCAAAGUCCUCAAUUGUACAAACAAAUGGCAAUUGCUGCUGAUUUCGAGAAAGUUUACACCAUUGGCUCCGUAUUCCGUGCCGAAGACAGUAAUACCCAUCGUCAUCUUACGGAAUUUAUCGGUCUGGACUUAGAAAUGGCUUUCGACACUCAUUACCAUGAAGUUAUGGACACAAUUGGGGCGACUUUUACCGAGAUCUUCCGUGGACUUCGAGACCACUACGCCGACGAGAUCAAAACUGUCGGGAAACAAUAUCCUGCCGAUGAGUUUACCUUCCUAGACCCACCACUUCGUUUGGAAUUUCCUCAAGCUGUUCAAAUGCUGCGAGAAGCUGGUGUCGACCAAGGGGAUGAGGAGGACAUGUCAACUCCAACCGAGAAACUUUUGGGCCGUCUUGUCAAGGCAAAGUAUGACACUGAUUUUUACAUUUUGGACAAGUUUCCUCUUGCCGUUCGACCCUUUUACACGAUGCCAGACCCAAAUAAUCCAAAGGCUUCCAACUCCUACGACAUGUUUAUGCGAGGGGAAGAGAUUUUAUCAGGAGCUCAACGUAUUCACGACCCCACCCUGCUCUGUGAGCGUGCCACACAUCAUGGAAUUGAUUUAGAGAAGAUCAAGGGUUACGUUGACUCCUUCCGGUACGGUUGCCCACCCCAUGGCGGUGGCGGAAUUGGGUUAGAGCGAGUUACAAUGCUGUACUUGGGAUUGGAUAAUAUCCGCAAGACGUCCAUGUUCCCUCGAGACCCUAAACGCAUCACUCCAUAGAUUAAAAAUCCCAGUGUCAAUAACAAAUGAAAUUAACUUAUCAAACUUUGAUAAAUAUGAAUAUUAUAUCUUUCCUGUCUCUAUUAAUAAUGUGGAAGAAAUGAGUUGUGCUAUUGACAUUAUAUUUAAAUUUUUCUGUUACUUUGCCUUCAGUUCUCAUUUUCAAAACUUGAUUUGCACGCCAUAUACAAGACUAUAAUUAUGCCUAAUUUGGAAAUAUUAAGAAACCAGUGAUUUGCUUUACGAUUUAUCAACUUAAAUUUGGAUAUUGGAUUGUGCCUGUGCAUGAAUAAAUGUUUGCAAUAAAAAAGCCUAUGAAAACUGGA